AUGUUGAAUGGAUAAUUUAAUAUUACAAAAUGUACAUUCUUUAUAAGGUUCUAUAACUUAUAUAUAAUUCUAGAGUUAAUCAAGUUAUUCUAAGAAUUUACAUAUUAAUAAUUUUAUAGUCAAGUAAACAAAUAUGAUUAGAUUAGUACAAAUUAAGAAUAUGCUUUUAAUAAUAAUAAAACUUUAUUUUAUAUUUAAUUUGGAGAAUCAAUCAAUUUUUCAAAUAUUUAUAUUGAUAAUUUGCUUUAUGAAUCAUUUCUUUAUUUGAGUUCUUCAAGGAGAGUAAAUGUAAAAGAUUUGAAAGUUAUCAAUUCCAAGUUAUCAAAUUUUUUAAUUCAUAUUGAAUCUAAUCAAUGUAAAAAAUAUAUUUUAAUUAAGUUUAAUCUUGUUAAAUCAAUUUUGAUAAUAUCUUAAUUAAGAAUAUUUCAGUUGGUUAGUUUGAACUAUUCAAAAUAAUUGUUCUUCCCUUGCUAAUAAUUAUUCAUUCCCUUCAAAAUCCUUUUAAUGCUUUUAAUUGAUACAGAAAUAUUUUCAGCACCUUCAAAUUUACAAAGCUUUACAAUUCUAAAUCUUCAAAGGAUUUGUGUUGGAGAAAUCUUAACACUAAUCUAACAGACAUGAGUGAAUCAGGACUUAUAUAUUACUCUCUUCACUCUAUGAUGAUCUAAUAGAAAUAAAAAAUAUGCUUGUUACUGAAAUUAAUUGUUCAUUUUGUCAAAGAGGAUUAUUAUCAUUUAAGUAUAAAACAACAAAUAAAAUACAAAAAUUCUCCUCUAUUUCGAAUCUAUUUAUUACAAACUCACAAUGUGGAUAUAAAGGAUGUCUUAACCUAUUUAAGAAUAAAUAGGGUAGAAUAUUAUUUUAGUUUGAUGAAAAAUAAAAAUUUCUUCUAAGAUUUGAAAGUAUAAUUACAAACUAUAUUUGCACAAAUAAUUCAUGCUAAGAGGGUACAUGCUUAAAUUCAUAAUAUAUCACAAUAUACCUAUAGGAUUGUAAUUUCUUAUCUAACAAUGCUGCUUUAAGAGGAGGAGCUAUUUAUACAAACAAAGAGAUUUUACUAUAUAAUUGUUAGAUUUAAAAUAAUGAAGCAAAUAUUGGAGGAGGAAUUUUUCAAUAGGAAACUCUAUAGUAUCCAAUUUUUUAUAAUUAUAUUAAUAACAAUAAAGCAUAAACUUACGGAAAAAAUAUUAUAUCCAUUCCUCAAAAAUUAACUCUAUAACUAAAUGAAAAGGAAAUGCUUUCAACAUUUUGAUUGA